AGAGCAGGAGAAAAGCGUUGGAAAGCGCGUGCGGGCUAUUUGUAUCGAUGGGGUGGGCCAAACAGAUCUAAAUAACACCACACUGUUCGACAUCCAUCCUGUCUUAACAUGUUUAAGAUCCUGCAAAAGGACAAGCCCUCAGUACGACCCGCUACAGAUCCUUCGGAUCUCUGGUCUCUUGUCUCCGAUGAUAAGGAAAACAGACGUCGCUCGACGAGUACCGACAAUCCAACGAUGCCUGUGAAGCAGACGCCUUGGGUACAGCUUCCUCCUAACAAGUCGAGUUUAGCUCCCCGUUCCCGAUCUCCAUCUGUGCCUAGAGGCGCUGUUCGGCCUAUUGCUGGACUCGAUUUCGAAACGCGCGCGAUGAAUCGAGCGUUUGAGCAAAUGCUUGAGGACUUGCAGAUCCCUCAAUCGCUUCGCCCCAAGCUCAUUGCUAUGGAGAAGUCCGUGAAGGAAUCUAUGCUGAAAUCUUCCCAUAUUCUGGACGUUGAAUGCGUUGCUCCGCUGCCUCCGAAAGCUCCAUCACUUAGGAAAUCUCGAAGUGGAUCGUCCCUUGCUGAGUUGCCUCGCUCAUCUCAUGGAAGGUCCAGGUCUGUUCACCCCCCAGCCAUUGAGACCCAGUCGUCCGGAUCAUCUGCAUGCUCGUCAUAUCCCGAAGGGGUUGUAAGCCCAUGGCUGAACGCUGAGCUCGCGAGCUCGACGAGCAGCCUUCCGCGGCCUACAUCACCAUUUACCCUCUUAGCCAAUCCGUCAUCCAUCUCCGUUUCGCACAAGUCAGUGAAAGACCGUCCCUCCAGCAAGGACAAGGAAAAAGAAACCGCAAAAUUCGUUUCGCUGCUGAGGAACUCGGUUUGCACAGAACUAGACGUUGAGGGAUUAAAGAAGCUUCGUCUCAUGCUUCGUAAUGAGGCUGCCGGCUGGACCGAACUUUAUAUUCGGGAAGGUGGAUAUUCUGCGUUGCUCGAGAGACUAUUGGAUUUGCUUCACGUCGAAUGGAGAGAGGAACAACGGGAUGAUAAAAUACUGCACGAGCUUCUGAGGUGCUUCAAAGCACUCUCUACUUCGUCGAUUGGGUGUUUUGCUUUGCGGACGUCCAGUCCUUCACCUUUCCAAGAGCUCGUUUUUCUGCUCUACUCUGAUAAGAAGCCGGGUGACGUUGGGACACGGCAAUUGAUUAUCGAUCUCCUUCUCCUUUUAUUUGAGUUGUAUCCGACCAACACUAUUCCCUCAGGUGGACACAAGAGUGCAUUAUCCGAGACGUCGAAACGCAGCUCGUGGGUGAACGCUGGCUCGGUCUCUUCCCUUCAGGACAGGCACCUCCGUCAUCCGCCGUCCACACCUUCACCAUUCCCUGUUCCUCCACCACACUCUUCCUUAUUCAGCCUUGUUCAGUCGCUACUCCUGACGAAGGCUCCACCGCCAACUGAACAGCCUGGUGUCCCAGUCGAUCCCCAUGAGUUCAUCGAGUCCCUCCAUGUCCCACGUAUCUAUAAGACAUACCUCCAGGAACUGAGUGAUAUAUGUCGGGAUUUUUUCUGGGUAUUUUGUCAUCCUCAAAACGCCAUUUGGAGCCUGGCACAUACGGAUGAGGCUAAAGUGGAGAAGCCUCGCGCCCCUGGGGGUAUGACGGGCGGCGUUGAGUACGAGGCUGCUACAUAUCUGACUUCCCAUUUCCGCCUAAUCAAUUCCCUCGCACGGACUGCCGCGGAGAUGGAUUUGCCCCCAACUGAUGAAGCAUCUGCGUUCAAGUUCCAUAGUGACUUGUUCGCGUCUGGAUUCGAACGAAUUGUCGUGAUUACAAGGCGAGCCUCAACUACAUACUAUCCCACCCUGCACCUCGAGCUGGCUCGGUACAUCGCCCUCGCAACUGCUGCGAAGUAUCCGCUCCCAUACACUGUUUCUCGUCUGAUCUCGAUGCCGCCUUCUGCGUUGCUCAAAACAAAUGAAACCCACAAUUCAAUUUCAGCAUCGAACAAUAUUGUCGUCUCUGAGCCGGGGCCAUCUUCUCGACUUGCUCAUACCAUGCAAGGACCUCCCCCACCCGUCCUCCCUGAAGUUAAGCGCGCAGCGCCUUUGAAACACUGAACGUCUGCUCUGAAAAAAAAGUCUGUAUAGUAUAGAAGGCGUGUGUCCUCACCUGUCCGUCUUGUCUUGUGUUAGGUGAUCUGAAAUCCCACUUUGCGUCUUAUACACAGCUAUGGUAGUGCCCCUCUUCUGUCUUGCUGUGUAUAGAGGUGCCUGCUCUCGAUGACUAGGAAUUGGUUCUCGGGAGUAAGAUGUCAUCCACAGUAUCUUAUGAUGCACUCUUCUGCUUUUAUCUCUCUUCGCAUUUGAUGCAAUAUUUUCUCUAAUUGGCCUGUGCAUAUCUAUGACCAGAGCGAAUUCAUACUCUGACAACUUCUGUAAUAUUGCGGCCUCACGAUCGAAUAUUCAGUGACUUUAC